UUAACAGUGAGCAAAAUGUAAACAAUGGAAAACCACAGAACCUCUGCCACCAGUAUCUCCUAUAAAGGCUGAGCAGCCGAUGAGCCUCAGUCGUCUUUCCUGGCCUGCAGCUAUCACCUGAGCUUGGUGGUGUUUUAUUCCCAGUUAUAUUGUGAAGAUGAUCAGCCGUUGCAUCAUGAAUCUGUGGCUCAGCAGUCAUUUGCUGGUAGCGGGGCUGUUUCUGGGCUGCUCGGCUCUGACACCUGAAGAAUGCCAGCCCUUGGUUGCACCUUUGUCUCUGGCUGACGCCUCUGUGAUCAGCGGCAGAAGCAACUUCCUCGUGGGUUACACCGAUAAUGAAGUGUUUGCCUCCAUCCUGAACUUUACGCAGAGCUCCUGGGUUAAUUUCACCUUUCCACCAUCCAGCCCCAAUAAAGGUGUCAUGUCUGAGUGGAACAAGAUGAAGGGACACUGCGUGGCCUCAACUGUCAACGUAACUAUUGACGGCAACACUUUGUCAGCGUCAGUUGCCAACAUGUCCUCAGUGUUCCACAUGCUGCCAACCAGUGACGGCUGUCUGGUCAUGAGCAUCAACACCACGGCCAGAAACCUCGACAAGAUACUUAACAUGAUGGGAUUCAGCGACAUAGUUACACCUGAGGAGGUCAAUGCUCGUUCUCUUUAUCUGAUGGGCAGAGAGUCGAGCCUGAAGGACUCGGAGCUGGAACAGUUCAAGAAGCAGGCGAGCUGCCUCGGCUUCUCCGGAGAACCAAACUUCAUCUACAACUCCGAGAACGCUUUCUGCGCUGAAGGCGAGGGCGUUAAACUGAAGUUCUGAAGUUAAGAACAACUUUCAGCAAUAUCUCAAACUGAGGA